UAACCAAACGGGAAGGUUGAAGUCAGAACACGAGCAAAAGCUCAUAAAUUGCUCUUGUAAGAAUGGAUAACGGUGCUUCCACGAGUACAGACGACUGGAAUAAAACUAAGGAGGCGGUUGCAAACUUUCGGCGACUGCUGCUUUGUUCUAAAUGCUCAAAUGUAAUGGAAGAGCCUGUGUGUCUGGGCGUGUGCGAGCAUAUGCUGUGCAGGUCUUGCGCCGGCCCCCGGGCGGGAGAUGGCUGCGUGGUGUGUCGCAGCCCUGCUUGGGUGAAGGACAUCCAAAUCAACAGACAACUCAGCAGUAUUGUACAGCUCUUCUGUGGGUUGGAGUCCCUGCUCAAUCCCACAAAACAAUCAGAUUCUCUUGUUGACACCCAAAGUCAACCUGAAGCUGCCAUCUUCAAGCACAAGAAGAACUUUAAGAUUUGGUUCAGUCCCCGCAGUCGUAAGGUGCGCUGCCAGGUGGAGCAGGCCUCAGAGACUGCUGUAGCAUGCAGCCUGUCGUCUGGGGUAACAUCUGAGCCACAGCCUGCUCAACGCCAGGACCUGUCUGUUUUUAAUUUUAACUUAUCCUCCCAAGACUCUCCCUCUUCUCCUGAAAAAGGCAACAACGCAAAUGGAAAAAGGCAGAAGCAGCGUCCUAAAAAAAAUACAAGACGCAAAGGUGAGCAGGUGCAAGGAGUCAAGAGGACGACGCGGAAACGGACCAAGCAGAAUAUGAAAAAGAAGAAUCUGGAGGCCAUAAACCAGCAGUGGGGAAUUAAUGCACAAGAGCACACCUCUCCUGGACCGGAGCACAUCUGUGCUGAUGGUGCGAGAAGGUCCAGUAAAAGGGUGUCUUUUCGAAGCCCCGGUGUCAGCUCAGAUGAGCCUCAGCCUGAAGUGCCACAGGGCAGUGCUAAUGAACUCAGUCCUGCCUGCAGCACAAUAAGAGACGAUCCCUCAGGAGACGGCGUCAGUGUGCUGAAUUACCAAACCCAGCCCGGUCAGAACGGUGUCAAUCAGCAGGAUAAACCAUCUCCAAACAAUGCCAACCCAAAUGAAGAUUCAAGGAAGCAGGACAAGAUGUCUCCCUCGGAAACUCCCUCAAAAAGAACCGGAGUGGAGGAGCAAAACUCCACCUUGGAAGACACACCAAAACGACCAAGAGCAUCUCCAAGAGGAAGAGGAAGAGGAAAAUCACCGAGUCAGAUGUCUCCAGCAGUCUUUACUCCUCCAUCUUUAGUUUCACCCAAGAGUGAUAAGAGUACCAAAAGCUCGGGACGAGAGGAAAUGCAGGGGCCCUCAGUGGUACCACUCGCUGUAAGGGAAAGCCGCAGCAAAUCUCCCUGCAGUCCUGGAUCAUCGGUCAGACGGCACAGCUCUGGAAGCCCCGCAGUUAUGAAGAAGAACCACAAGGGAGAGACGCCGCUUCAUCUGGCUGCAAUAAAGGGAGAUGUAGAUGCUGUCAAGGAGCUGCUUGGUCAGGGAGCAGACCCCAACCUGAAGGAUAAUGCAGGAUGGACACCUCUGCAUGAAGCAUGUAACCUUGGUUACCUGGCAGUUGUGGAGGAGCUGGUCUCCAGAGGAGCCCUCUUGAACACACCGGGUUAUGAGAACGAUUCUCCACUUCACGACGCGGUGAUGAAUGGACACCCAGCCGUCGUUAAACUGCUGCUGCAGCUGGGGGCUUCGCAGAACGUUCUUAAUCUGCAUGGAAAGCGGCCAGCAGAUUAUGCAGUGAGCCCGGAGAUGCUGGAGAUUUUCCAGGAAGCCUCAGAAGAAACCCAGUAUGCUAAUUCUCGUGCAUCUCCGAGCCCCUCAGCUAGUCUCUCCGUGGUGGGCGAGUGUCUGAGGAGCGGUCAGGCCGCGGUGCUCUUGGCCAGCAGGCUGUCCCAGGCGGAGCAGAGCCGGCUGGCCAGACUAGGGGUGCUGCUGGGGGGGAGGGUGGCCGACACCUUCUCUGGCGCAGUGAGCCACGUCGUGGUGCCAGAAGGAAAGAUGCCCACCACCUACUCCAGCCUCCUGGGUCUUGUCGCUGGCUGCUGGGUCGUCAAAUACAGCUGGGUGGAAGCGUGUCUGCGGGCCGGGAAGUGGCUGUCCGAAGCCGAGCAUGAAGCGGGCGACGGCCCCCAGCGCAGUCGCAGCAACAGAUGUAGCUUGCUCCCAUCGCUCUUCGACGGCUGCUUCUUCUUCCUCCUGGGCUCCUUCAAGGCGCCGACCAAAGACGAGCUCGCCAAGCUGCUCCGGGAAGCCGGAGGUCAGAUCCUGAGCCGGCAGCCCAAGCCGGACAGUGACGUGACACAAACUCUGAGCGCAGCCGCCUACCACGCCCUGCCGGGCUCCGACCAGGCGCUCUGCACCCAGUACAUCAUUUAUGACCCCCGGGGCAGUUACAGGCCCGCGGUGGUCCGACGAGGCAAGGUGUGGUCUGCCCCCUCCACCUGGCUCAUCGACUGCAUUGCAGCCUUCCAACUCCUUCCUGUGCCUGACCUGCAGGCUUAAUGUUUGUUUUUGUUUUGUUUUU